UGCGGGUGUGACGUCUGAUGUUAAAGUUUCUUACGCACACUAACGCGCCAGCAUUAUUUUUGUCGUGACGCUCACUUCUUCCUUCUUUGUAAAGGCGUUUAAACUAAUAUUUUCACCCAAUCUGUUAAAGUCUCCAAUUGUAUUAGCAUAUCAGCGGUUUACUUAUUAACUUUGUAGUGUUUUUAUUGUGAUAAUCAUCUAAAAGUGUCAGUUGUCAAGACAUAACCUCUGAUUAAUUUCUUGGAACCGUUCGUGCUACGUUCGAGACGAGACCUUGAUAACUAGUUCCUUGGACAAACGAAGAGACAGUUAUUAUUAUAGGAUGCUCAUGGAGGUACGUCUUUAGCUUACAUCGGUAUUGUGUUGUGGCGGUCGAUCGUGUGCGUUAGUUUUAAUCAGAAAAGUUUGAUCAGUGAGGUGGUGUGUUCGAGAUUACAGUUUUUACAUUUUGCUGUUAAUAGUGCGUAGCGGUCAGUGAUAUGUCGAAUUUCAUUAAAUGUGCGAUCUGAUUAUCGAGUGCGACCGCCAAGGAGCGCUGUGUGGCGUCGACAACGCAUUUUUAAUCGUAUUAAAGUGCGAUGGACGACAUCGGAGACGCCCUGCAGGGUGUAGCGCACAAUGACGAAGAGGCUCCCCCCGACCUGAACAUAAGUGAAGUGUUACAUGCCAUCUCGAUAGCGGACCCGACGUUCGGCGUCGGCGUGGAGGAGAUGUACCGGCAGCCGGCAGUGGCACCGCCGACGGCGCCGCAGCCUACCGGGGCUCCCAAGAUGCCCUACGUGCGUAUCAUCGAGCAGCCGGCCGGCAAAUCGUUGCGGUUUCGAUAUGAGUGUGAAGGACGGUCAGCAGGCUCCAUUCCCGGCGUGCACAGUACGCCGGAGAAGAAGACAUACCCCACCAUUGAGGUGGUCGGCUACACGGGCCGCUUCGUCGUGCUCGUGUCGUGCGUCACCAGAGAUAAACCUUACAGGCCGCACCCCCACAACCUGGUGGGCCGCGAGCCGCUGUGCAACCGCGGCGUGUGCACCGUGGAGUGCAACGCGGACACCUCCGUCGUGCAGUUCAGCAACCUCGGCAUCCAGUGCGUCAAGCGCAAAGACAUCGCGGAGGCUCUGCGCGUCAGGGAGGAGAUCAAAGUGGACCCUUUCAAAACUGGCUUCAGCCACAAGAACCAACCCCAAAACAUCGAUCUGAACGCCGUCCGGCUGUGCUUCCAAGUGUACAUCCCCGGCGGCAACACCAGCAAGAUCAAGCAGGCGCUGGCCCCAGUGGUCUCUGACGUCAUCUACGACAAGAAGGCCAUGUGCGAGCUGCAGAUCAACCGGCUCAGCACGUGCGCGGCCAGCGUGCGUGGCGGCACCGAGCUCAUACUGCUCUGUGAGAAGGUGACUCGCGACGACGUGGACGUGGUGUUCAGCCAGGCGUUCGACGACGGCUCCGUGUGGGAGGCGUCCGCCAACAUCGUGCUCGUGCACAAGCAGGUCGCCAUCGCCUUCCAAGCGCCGCCCUACCGAGACCCCACCUGCAUGGAGAACGUGAAGGUGAAGAUAUUUCUGAAACGAGUAUCGGACGGCGCCCGCAGCGCGCCGGUGGACUUCGAGUACACGCCCGACUACGCAGAUUCGGAUUAUUUAAGUAAUAAAAAGCGGAAGACGGCGCAGAAUAUAGAUUCGUUCUUAGCUUCGUACAAGCAAGACAUGGGAUUUCACGAAUCUGCCAUCAAAAAGGAACCGAGAGACGCCAGUCCGGCGCUGCAGAUCCACAGUCCGCCGAUGGCGGCCGUGAGCCCGCACUACCCCAGCGCAGCGCAGUACCGUGACCCCGCUGAGCAGUACCAGCCGUGGAUGCCACCGGAUCCGUCGCUAUGCGUGCCGAACACGAACCCGUUUCUGCCGCACGCGGGCGACCCGCGCGGCUACUGGAGCCCGCAGAACUUCGCGCAGGCCCCGUCGCCCAACCACGCCGUGUCGCCCAACAUGCUGGGAUUAGGAGAUGCAAUGUCACCGCAACACCGGUUGUCGCCGAACAUGCAAAACAUGGCGGGCCCCGGCAUGGCGAUGAACCCGGGCAUGGUGCAGAUGUCGCCGCUGCAGGGCGGCGUGUCGCCCGCGCACCAGCCCGCGCCCAUGCUGCACACGUCGCCGCCGCACAUGCAGCCCAUGAUGUCGCCGCUGCAGGGCGCCGUGUCACCCGGGCACCAGGCCUCCCCCAUGCUGCACGCGUCACCGCCGCACAUGCAACCCAUGGCAUGUCAACCUACUGGACAGCCGCCAGACCUAGGGACGGCGCCUUCUCUGGACAGCGACAUGCAGUUCAACUCGGCCGACCUCUCCGGCAUCAUCGCCACCCUCGGCCCGCCCGAGCUGUCCGACAGCCUGCGCGCGCUGUCCACCGGCGAGCUCAUACCCACCAUGCAACCAAUGUAAAACUAACCAAAUAUUGGCGAGCUGAAGGGUUUUCUGGAGCUGGCAGCCGGGAUGAAGACCAAAGACAUCUGUGACCAGUUCUAGCUGAACUGGACCAGAGUACCGCGAGUGUCUAGCCUGGUUAAUUUCCGCAAUCUUGUGAAAUAGUCGUCACACGACACGACGAAUUAAAGUUAUUGCGAGGAAAAAGAAGUUUUCGACUUAUGAGUAUGACAUGUAAGAUAAUACGAGAGUCUUACGUUUAUGACUAUUGCUUCUCGAAGUUGGACUCAGGCAUUAGUGAAAAAACUUAUCGUGCUUUUCAUAAUAUUCGGGAAGCAAUUCUUCCAGGGCUAUGGAACGAUGGAAAGUUAAUAAUAUGUGACAGUAGUGUAUGAAAAUUAAGUGCUAUGUAUUUUUCUUAAUUAGUAAUAUAUAUCUAAAAGUCCAAUCAAAUUGUGCUCUAGAUAAGGAUAACUUAGAUGGCCUGCGAUAUUUUUUAUAUUUCCAUGUGCCUGAAUUUUGAGUGUGUGACUGACGCUGUCUGUGACUUCUUCGUCGAAUGGGCUUUAUGAAUGAAUUAAGAGUUAUAAGACUAUAGAUCUAAAAUGUUGUUAUUUGUUUUAUGCGGCAUCAUAUUGUUCGAUAAACUUUUAGAAUAUUUAAUAUAUGACUAGCAAAGAGGUUUAAGUCUGUAAAUCUCCCAAAUUUUUCUGUGUCUUGGUCGACAAUGUAGUGAACCGUUUUAUACAAAACCAGAGUACAGCAUUAUCACAAU